CCCAUAAAUUCGCAUAGCCUUCCUCAGCCAGGCGUAAAUAAUAUCUGCCUUCAAUCCGCUCCCGCUUAUGCCCGUCGCAAUUCUUCCCAGUUCUGGCCUUAUUACAACUGCCAAGGCAUCGAGAUGCUUUCACAAUCAAUCUCCUCAAGGAUCAUUUCUACUCACCAUUUGGCCACCAACUCUUAUGCUCCCUCCAACCGAGAGAUUACGUAUCAACCUCCCGGUUUCAUCUCAUUGCCAGUCCUCCCCUUUCGCCAUUUACAGACUCAUUUCACUGCAAAGGCAAGCAUACAAAGACUCUAUCCAAUGCAUACAGGCACGGCCACAAGCACAUUUGUAGAUCUGCAAGCUCAUGCAUCAUCCGUUGGUCCUUUUUGCGCCAGCCUCUCGGGCGUCAUAUCCUGGUUCUCUUAUGCAAGUGGCGGCAAUCACAAAUAUCCAUGCCUACACACACAUACACACACACAUUCACACACGUACACGCGACUCUGUCCGGCCCAACAAAGGAAUGCACCUUGUCAGCCCAGCUUCGACUCCCGUCAGUCCGAGCACACUCGCUCCCACCUUCCACAGGCUGCGAUGAAUGAGGCGACAGAUGAUUAG